CAAUCCUGCCGCGAAAAAUUUCUUAAUCUUACCUGUUCAUAUCCCCAUGGCGUGCACUCUCUCAAGCAGAUACCACUCCGGACCAGUGACAGCUCUGAUGUUUUGGGAAAAAGAUAUUUUGAUAGCUGGCAUUGGCUCAUCACUUCACUUCUACAGUCUUCGAGAUGGAGAGGGUUUACUCUUGAGGGUUGAGGCCUUGACCUGCAGAAACAUCCAUGGAAUUCGAAAUUUGCAUCAAGAAACUGAGGAGCACCCAUGUCUGUCAUGCUGUUUUGGAGAGAAGAGCAUCAGGGUCUGGAAUUAUGACUGUCCUGGGAACAGGGUUAUCUUCCAUUGCAAGCUGUGGGAAUGCGAGGACCUGAUUUGGGAUGUCACCUGGUUAAACGAUAAGGAUGACCCCAUACUAGCACUUGGCCUUGGUCAUAAUACCGUCAUUCUUUGGGACUGGAAGACUACAGCUGUCUUAGAGAGAGUCCAGUGUGAAGAAGUCUGUAUCAUAUAUUGUGCCCAUUUUAUUGGUCACUGGUGGUCAGAGCUAAUCCUGGCCGCAGGGACUGUGUUUAACCAGGUAGUGUUGUGGUCAGUGAACACUAGAGACUUUCAUCAGGGAAGGUCACCUGUGCUGCACAGACUCCAAGGUCAUGAGGGUGUGAUAUUUGACAUUGAUUACCACUGGGAACUCCAGCGCCUCUGCUCUGUGUCAGACGAUCGUAGCAUUCAUCUGUGGCAGGCCACGGGGCCAUCGGGCGACUGGGCACAGACAGAGUUUACAUUGCUGAGAGUUUUAUACGGUCAUUCGGCUAGGGUCUGGUCCGUUUGUAUGCUCCUCAACAAACUGAUCAGUGUAGGGGAGGAUUCCACGUGCUGUGUGUGGGACUAUGAUGGGAAUAUCAUCCAGAAGUAUAAAGGUCACAGGGGGAAAAGUAUAUGGAGCUUGAGUGUUGAUCGGGAAGGGAAGUUUGUGGCAACUGGAGGGGGAGAUCACAGUAUACGACUCUGGAAACUGCAGCAAGAACACCGUCUCAACACAGAUGUGAAUUUUGAGAACCUCUCUCCUCCACAACUGAAGAAAGAGGACUUUCCCAGGACAGUCACUUUACGAGGGCAUGACCGAGUAUUAGUGAUGACGAAUAUGGGGGAUUUAUUUGAAUUCAUUGUAUCUACUGGGACGUGGACCACUUUACUGGAGGACCCAGAAUUCCGAUCUUACUCAGUACUAAGUGUUUCACCAGAGAGAAGAGUUAUUGCCCUUGGAAGUAUAAAUGGCAAAAUCACACUUAUUAUACUUAAAGAGAAGACGACGGAAAGAGUUUUUGAGAAGUGUUACAAGGGUAAAGUGCUCAGCAUCAACUGGUUGGAUCAGGAGUCCCUGUUAACAUGUGGGCCUGAGGGUAUUAUGCACAUGUGGAGGCUAACCAUCCAGGAAGAUCAAUGUCUCACAGGGUCAUCCACACUGGAGGUUAUGGCUUCUUACAUCUUACCCCCCACAAAACAGCGAUGGGUGACAGCAGCUUGCUUCACCCCCAGCCGGUGUCAGUUUGUAUGUGGGGACAGGGGAGGCAAUGUCUAUGUCUACCAGAUAGACAACACUCAGACGAAGGAUUCUCAAGAAUCGGCAUUACAGUUCAAGUCUGGUAUCCAUGGUAAAGCAGGUGUCACCUUUGUUAGUUGCCAUGGGAACUCUGUAUACACUUGUGGAAGAAAUGGAAUAUACUAUGAGUUUGAAGUGGAUGAAUCAGGUUUAGCUGGUGGAAAGUCUAACAAGGUCCUGAAGGGUUUUGAUUGGAUGGACAGACUGGUCAUCACUGACAACGACAUUCUCAUCCUGGGAUUUCAUUCAUCCGAUUUCAUUAUCUGGAGCACCCAGAGGAAUCAACGACUGGUCCAGAUAGAGUGUGGGGGAGGGCACAGAACUUGGGGGUGUGAAAUCUCGGACAUGUCUGCAGUCAGAUUUGUCUUCCUGAAGGCCAGUGACAUCUUCCUGUGUAGCACAACUAUCACAUGUGAUCAGACUAUUCUCAAGAGUAGCCUCCAUGGCAGGGAACUGUCUGACGUCAAACAUCUGGUGUCCACAACUCACAGAGAUCAGAAGUUUGAAGUCUUUCUCACUUGUAGUGAAGAUACUAACAUCACCCUAUCCUCAGUAAUCUCUUCAACCAGUCAGGAGAGCAGAUUAUCUGUGCUGCGGAACUUGAAGGGUCAUAUUUCUAGUGUGAGGACAAUGGCUGUUUCAGAAUCGAGGUUGCAUGAUUGUGACACAAAACGGACAUUUAUCAUGUUUUCAGCUGGUGGCCGAGCACAGAUGAAAGCAUGGAAAAUAGUGGUUUCCAUGAAAACUAAUGAGAAAGAACUUGGUGGUGGUGAUAAUAGAGCACCUGUGUCAAGUGCAAGUAUGAUGUUAUCAGCUGAUACAAGUUUGAAGCCAGAAAACCGUAGAGAAGAGAAGAGACAGACAACCUCAGAGGACCUGCAAAAUAAAUGUGUGAUAAGGAAAGAAGAAACAAAAUCUUGUUUUAAAGAUGUGUGUCACGUUGAAUCAAAUUAUGAGCUGUUGGCAUCUCAUAUGUUACAUGAUAGAGUGAAAAGAAGAUCUAAAUCUUGGCAGCGUAAAUUAGAGAAUACCUCCCCAGAAACGCGCUACAUGGACUUGACAGCAUUUCACGGCCACCUGGUGGAUACUUCUCUGCCAAGCUCCAUUCACUUUGUUGGGGCUGCCUGCUCAGAUGCAGUUGUCAGGUUUUUCCUCUGUGAUGCAGACAAGAAGAUGUUCACAUGCCUGGGGUUGUCACUGGAAAAUAACUGUGUUCUCAAGGUCGGCCAUUUUGUCCACCAUAUGGAGGGCUUGGAACAUUGUCGUGUUUUCCUGUUUUCUUGUUCCACAGGUGGUGAUGUGACUUUCUGGGAUGUCACAAAGACAGUUUUGGCUGUAAAGAAAACUGCUCAGCCAUCUGCCUCAGAGGUGAAGGCUGAGCAGUUUAAAUCGAAACUCCCAGAUGCUAUGUGUACUGAAGACAGUGUAAAUCCUGACUUUUGCUCCCCAGUCCAUGUGUUCCAGAAUCAUCAGUCUGGUGUCAACAGCAUCAGCGUUCAUCAAUACACAGACAGGCUGGAGUGGCUCAUGGUAACUGGGGGGGAUGACAAUGCUGUUGUGUUUCGUACAUUUACCAUAUCCCUGGAUGGAACUGGACGAGUUCAUUUCACACCCUUACUUAAAUGUGAUCUUCCUAGUGCUCAUUCAGCUCAGGUCACAGGGGCCAAAAUUUUGGAUGACCACUACACACUCACUGUCUCAAUUGACCAGAGGCUGUGUUUGUGGGAGGUCACCCAAACAGACAAAUCGCUGAAGGCAGAAAUGCGAGCUUGCAAGUUUGUUAGCGUAGCAGAUGUAUCUAACAUGGAUGUCUGGAAACAAAGAUCUGGUAGCGGGUAUGACAUAGCCAUCAGUGGGGAAGGUCUGCAGAUACUUCAUCUUAAUCUACCCAGCUGAGACUGCCCAGACUUCAUGACGCCCUUUGAGCAUUCAAGGGCAUUUCUGAAACUGCCAAGGUCAAACUCCUAAAGGACAAACAGC